UACUUCGGAUUCAAAUUCCUUUGAAAUCAAAAUCAAAUUAAAAAAUCAAACAAAUCAAAAUGGCUACUCGUAUUGCAAGAAACAUUGUAAAAAAGGUUCUCUCAAGAGAACAAAUGGAUGGUGAUGGCGCUAGAGUUUACCGAAGCAUUGGAACCCACGCUCUUCGUAAUUUGGAUCCUUUCUUGAUGCUGGACGAAUUCGAUGUCAAGGCACCAGGCGGAUUCCCUGAUCAUCCUCAUCGUGGUUUUGAAACUGUCACUUAUAUGUUGGAAGGUGAAUUCUUACAUGAAGAUUUUAAGGGACACAAAGGUCGCAUUGGUCCUGGUGACUUACAAUGGAUGUCCGCUGCCAAGGGUAUUGUUCAUGCCGAAAUCCCAGCCAACAAUAGUCGAGCACAUGGUUUACAACUCUGGGUCAAUUUAGCUAGAAAGGACAAGAUGGCCGAGCCCAAUUACCAAGAAUUACCCAAGGAAAAGGUAGCCCAUACUUCGCCUGAACCUGGUGUUGAUAUCAAAGUAAUUGCUGGUACUUCCAAUGGUACAACAAGUCCUGUCAUUACACGCACACCUACAAUGUUUAUUGAUGUCAAGAUGCAAAAAGGUAAAAAGAUGGAACAAGAAAUUCCUGCCAAUUAUGCUGGGUUUAUCUAUACCCUUGCUGGAUCUGCCAAAUUCGGAGGAAGUGAACAGGUUGCUGAAGCACAUCAUACAUUGGUAUUGAGUAAUAAUGAAGGCACAUAUAUUCCUGUUGAAUCUUUAGCUGACGAUACACAUUUUGUUAUUAUUGCCGGUCAACCAAUCAAUGAACCUAUUGUGCAACAUGGACCAUUUGUGAUGAACACAACACAAGAAAUCUAUCAAGCUUUUGCGGAUUAUCAACAUGGUCGUAAUGGUUUUGAAGGGGCUCCUGAGUUUGUUUCUUCCAUUCGAGACAAAUGGUAAAAAAGAACGAUUUUAGAUACUUUGUUUUUUUAAUAAAUAAAGCGAUACCAUGAGAGUUUCUCACUCUGAAAUUCAUGCAUGAAUUUUCACUAUUCAGC